CCUGUGGCUCCCCUCAGCUCCUCCUCAUCCCCCGCAUCCUCUCUGCCUCCCCUCGGCUUCCCGCCACCGCCAUCGUGUGUGGCUCCCUUCAGGCCGCCCAUCCCCUUCUGCCCCCCCCCUCAGCUCCCCAUCACCCUCCAUCCUCUCCGCCUCCCCUCAGGCUCUCCUCAGAUCCCCACCACCAUCUCUGGCUCCCUUCAGGCCCCCCCCCAACUCGGGUUCCUCCCAUCCCGCCCGCCUCCCCUCAGCUUCCCGCCCCCCAUCCUUUCUGCCUCCCCUCAGAUCCCCAUCCAUCAUCCCCCCGCAUCCUCUCUGCCUCCCGUGGGGCUCUCCUCAGCUUCCCGCCACCGCCAUCGUGUGUGGCCCUCCCACGUCCGGCCGGCGCUAGAGGAAGAUCUCAAAAUGGAUGAACUGACUCAGGCCCUGGCCAGCAGCUUCUCGGUGUCCCAGGAGUUGAACAGCACGGCGGCCCCGCACCCUCGCCUGGCCCAGUAUAAGUCCAAGUACAGUUCUCUGGAGCAGGGAGAGAGGCGACGCCGCUUGCUGGAACUCCAGAAAUCCAAGCGUCUGGAUUACGUGAACCAUGCCAGGAGGCUGGCCGAGGACGACUGGUCAGGAAUGGACAGCGAGGAGGAGGAAGAAGAGGAGGAGGGAGACAAAAGGGAAGAUGAGGAAAUGGACAUUGACGUUGGCAAGAAAUUACCAAAGCGCUAUGCCAACCAGCUGAUGCUCUCCGAGUGGCUGAUCGACGUCCCCGCAGAUCUGGUGGAGAAAUGGAUCAUGGUCGUGUGUCCUGUCGGAAAACGAGUCCUUGUUGUGGCUUCUCGGGGCUCUACUGCAGCUUACACCAAGAGUGGAUAUUGCUUCAAAAAAUUUGCUUCCCUUCUGCCAGGAGGCAGCAAAGAUAGCUCAGGGACAGACAAAGACUUUACCAUCCUGGAUUGCAUCUACAGUGAAGUGAACCAAACCUACUACGUUCUGGAUGUGAUGUGCUGGAGGGGACACCCCAUCUAUGACUGCCAGACAGAUGUCCGAUUUUAUUGGAUGCACACCAAGUUGCUAGAAGAGGGACUGGGAGAAAAAAGCAAGCUCAAUCCGUUCAGCUUCGUGGGGCUGAAGAAUUUCCCAUGCACCCCUGAAAGCUUAUGCAAAGUCCUGUCCACGGACUUCCCUUUUCAGGUGGAUGGACUCCUUUUCUACCACAGGGCCAAACACUAUAGCCCCGGGUGCACCCCCCUGGUAGGUUGGCUGCGCCCCAACAUGGUUUCGGAUGUGCUGGGCAUCGCGGUGUCCAUAGGCCGUUGGUGCUAGAGCCAUUGGACGCUCUAGUUCCCUCGGUAGGAGCUCCAGAAGCCAGCCCCUGACCACAACUCGCCCCAGCUCCUGGGCCCCGCGCUGGAAUUGAGCCAGUUGAGCCGGGCCUCGUGGGGACGGACUCCCCUGCUCGCUUCCCGGAUCCGCCCCGGCGGGAUCCGUCACGGGAAUGGGCCCCGUCCCAAGCCGCCGGAGCAGCCGGAGCUCCUGCUUCCCGCUGCCGCCCAAGACGGGACCGCCCGAAGGCAGCCGUCAUCUCUGGGGUCGGGGGGACCUCCGUCCCGGAGAGGCCUUCCGUUGCCAGGGACCCUGCCGAGCUCAUCACCCGCAGAGCGAAGGGCUCCGUCGCUGGAGAUUCCUGGCCACGGAAUGAACUACAAAAUGGGGCAGGACGGUUUCAACCUGAGUUCCUAAAUUUCCACUGCGGACUCGGGUCUUCAUUCCAGAUGUGGGCGUAGGCUAAUAACCGGAGAACCCCUGGUGAUGGGCCACUCCCGGGUUUCCAGUUCAGCAGCCAGCCGGUCUUUACGGAGAGCGUCCGGGGGACGGGGUUCACACCUAACCCCCGUGGUCGUAUAAGCCUUGCUCUUUGCCCUCAAGAAGUCUACAAUCGAAUUGAGUAGACGAGACAGGAGCGUAAAUUUGAGUCGAGAAGAAGGCGACGACUCCAGCUGGUCUGUCAGACGUUUUCAGAACGCGUUUCAGCUGGGAUUGUAGAAGGACAGUUAGCUUUGAGUUUUUUUGACUUAGUAAAGUAGGACUGUUCUUAGAAAAAAAAAUGUAAAUUCCGUUACUGAUUCGCUCCGAUCUUUUAAAGGUGAAACGGCAUCCUCUGUCUUUACGUCAGGAAAGAGUCUGUACCGGUUGAUCUCCAAUUCCUUUUUUUUUUUUUUUUAGCACUUUUCUUUCAUGCUGGUAAGAGAUGGAUAAAGUUGACUUGCUAAAAAUA